GUCGGGGACUCGUGCCCGUACCUCGAUAGUGCGCGUUUGAUCGGCUGCCUUCGGGUGGCCACUGUGCCCCAUGGAUUACGGCGCGGAUCAUCUCGGAUUACGGCGGACCUGAUCGCUGACACGCGCCAUGGACCGGCUGGCUGAUGUCGAGCCGGGCUUCGAGCCGCAGACGCGUGCCCGCUCCAACACUUGGCCGCUGCCGCGGCCCGACAAUUACGGCGGCGAUGAGAAGGCGGGCCCGCAGGAGAGCCCCUUCGGUGAGGCGGGCGCCCCGAAAAAGAAUUCGUCGCGGCGCAAUGCCUGGGGCAACAUGUCCUACGCGGACCUGAUUACGCAAGCCAUCCAGAGCGCACCCGAGAAACGCCUCACGCUGUCACAGAUCUACGAGUGGAUGGUGCAGAACGUGCCCUAUUUCAAGGACAAGGGCGACAGCAACAGCUCCGCCGGCUGGAAGAACUCGAUCCGGCACAACCUGUCGCUGCACAGCCGAUUCAUGCGAGUCCAGAACGAAGGUGCCGGCAAGAGCUCGUGGUGGAUGCUGAACCCGGACGCGAAACCUGGCAAGGCAGCACGACGCCGGGCAACCUCUAUGGAGACGCCUCGCUACGAGAAAAAGCGGGGCCGACUCAAGAAGAAGCUGGAAGCCCUGCGCGCGUCUCCGAGUCCGUCCUCGUCGGAGGGCCCCUUGGACCCGUUCCCCGAGUCACCGCCAGCUAGUCGGCUAGACCUGCAGCACUGCAGCCCGCUGGCACCGCUGCCCGGCUCGCCGUCUGCGUGGCCGCCCCAGCCGCUGAUGCCGGUGGACCGGUACGGCGCCGGCCCGCUGGCUGAUACGCUCACCCAGUCCAUGACCCUGGGCGACCGGCACGACACCGUGCCACCGCCGCCGAUGGGGCCCUCCGCGUCGCAGGUGAUGGGUCGUCUGCUAACGUUCAACGACCACCUUCCUCACGACCUGGACCUCGACCUGGACGCCGUGCCAGGUCUGCACUGCGACGUCGACCAGGUGAUUCAACACGAGCUCAGCGUGGACGGAAACCUGGACUUCAACUUCGACUCGCAUGCCAGGCCCUGGGUCCACUGACACUCUAGUCCCCGUGCCAAGUAUCCCUGUGUACAUAGCUCCCCUCACUUGUUGUAUAUACAUAUAUUAUAUAUUUACGCCGCCGCCGUGCCUCGUGAGCGGCCAGUCCGUCCACGCGCGGAACACUUGUUACUACGACGUUAAGCUUGCGUCCCGUUGUGUACAUACGCCCUUUAGCUGUUGUACUCGACCAGAGCAUUGAAAUAAAAGUACUCCUUGUUGCCA